CUAGCUGACGCAGAGUUACGCCGCCUCGUCACUCCCCGAAGGCGGCUACGUAAUACGGCACUGCGUUUACGUGUAGUCGUGACGCCAGUCUCGCGUGAGGAGACAUGUGGCGUUGGAGUUUUCUGUAAAGACUAGGAACCUGUCUCUUCCUCGUGGCAGCAGAAUCUAAUUUUUCAUCCUAUGGAUCACUGAAUAAGGAAGAGAUGGUUUUACCUCGUCUCACAGGAGCUCUGCGUUCUUUUUCAAAUGUCACCAGGCAGGAUGAUUACAGGGGAGAUUCGUCAGACCUGAUGACCAAAAGAUCAAAGUUGCGUGAACAAGUUUUGGAGUCUGACCUUACUUGGAAGAAAAUAACUCAAUUUAUCACUGGCAUAUUGGACAAGAAGGAGCAUGAAGCAAUAAAAGAGAACUUAAAAGAAAUAUUACAGGCGGCAAAACAGAUUGUGGGAACCGACCAUGGACAAGAAGCAAUUGAAAGUGGAGCAGCAUACCUCUUCAGAAUUUUAUAUGAUAAGGAAAGUAUUGGCCAAAUUGAGACUAUGGCCAUCAAACAAAUGUUUGGACCAUUUCCAUCUUCAUCUGCUACAGCAGUAUCCAAUGCAACAUAUAAAAUUGUGUCCAGGCUAAAUCAGGACAAACUAAAGAAACUUGAACUUCUUUUCCGGGAACAAAGGGAUGAAGGUUCAGAGUUCUUUGGAAAAAAUUUGACCUUUUCAUUAGACAUGUAUACACUAGAGGAGAUCGAGGAUAUGCCCUUAAGUAGGAAUACUGAAACCGAAGACAUAACUCUGGAUUUUAGAAAAUUUCAUAGUGACCACAUAGAAACAUCUGAUGGUGGCCAGCCAAGACACAACCGAAAUUAUGAAACAGAGGAUGACAGUUCAUUUCUAUAUGAUGAAGUGCAGAAGUAUGUUGUGCAUAACUUACAAAGCAGUUCUGGUGGUCCCACAGUUGAUGAUUUGUGUAGUACUUUGUUUGAGAUGCUUGCAUCCAUGAAAAGUAAUGAUGAGCUUCAGAAUGAGUUAUUCGAACUCUUGGGCCCAGAAGGGCUGACCUUCAUUGAAACAUUACUUCAGCAAAGGCAAAAAAUUUUGGAGAAAUCUCUGAACUACAGUAACACAAUCCAUAUGUCUCAAGAGCAACGCAUAAAAAACUUUGGAGAAAGCACGAAGCCUAAUUACGGAUGUCAAGUUACUGUUCAGUCUGAGGUGGAAAAGCAGCUAAUGAAACAAUAUCGUCGAGAAGAAAAAAGAAACGCCAAGCGAGACAAACGGCUAGGAGAUGACGGAGGAGACAUUUUAGGAGAAGGACUUGUAGGCUUUGAUCCCAGGGAGUUACGGAUGCAAAGAGAGCAUGCACUUUCCAAUGCACGGACCAUGCCAAUUUUAGGAAAAGAGAGAGACUAUUGGGAAAGGAUUCAAUACCCACAUGUUUAUGAUUCACAUGCGGAAGCCAUGAAAACAUCUGCAUUCAUUGGUGGUGCCAAGCUGCUUCUUCCAGAGGGGAUUCAAAGAGAAAACAACAAAAUGUAUGAAGAAGUAAAAAUUCCAGUUUCAGAACCAAUGCCUAUUGGUUUUGAAGAGAAACCGGUUUACAUCAAAGAUUUGGAUGAGGUUGGACAGCUUGUUUUUAAAGGAUUGAAACGUCUAAAUCGUAUACAGUCGAUUGUGUUUGAGACUGCUUAUAACACCAAUGAGAACAUGCUCAUCUGUGCACCUACGGGAGCUGGCAAGACCAACAUUGCUAUGUUAACUGUUUUGCAUGAAAUUCACCAAAAUAUCGAACAAGGUGUUAUAAAAAAGGAUGCAUUUAAGAUUGUGUAUGUAGCUCCAAUGAAGGCCCUGGCAGCUGAGAUGACAAAUUACUUCAGCAAGCGUCUAGAGCCACUGGGUAUCACUGUAAAAGAGCUGACUGGUGAUAUGCAGCUGUCAAAAGGUGAAAUUUUACGAACACAGAUGUUAGUUACCACGCCUGAGAAGUGGGAUGUCGUCACCAGAAAGAGUGUUGGUGAUGUUGCCCUGUCCCAACUUGUAAGACUUAUGAUAUUGGAUGAGGUGCAUCUGCUUCAUGAAGACAGAGGGCCUGUAUUGGAAAGUUUGGUAGCACGAACAUUACGGCAGGUGGAAUCAACACAGAGUAUGAUCAGGAUUCUGGGUCUUUCUGCUACUCUUCCCAAUUACCUAGAUGUGGCUUCAUUCCUGCAUGUCAAUCCUUACAUUGGCCUUUUCUUUUUUGAUGGACGCUUCCGGCCUGUUCCUCUUGGACAAACAUUUAUUGGAAUAAAAUCAACCAACAAGACUCAACAACUCCAUGACAUGGAAGAGGUUUGUUAUGAAAAAGUUUUGAAGGAAAUUAAAGCUGGUAGACAGGUGAUGGUCUUUGUUCAUGCCAGAAAUUCUACUGUGAGAACAGCAAUGGCCUUGAGAGAACUUGCUAAAAACAAUGGGCACAGUUUAUAUUUCUUACCAAACCAAGGACCUGAAUAUGGGCAAGCUGAAAAGCAGGUGCAAAGGUCCAGAAAUAAGCAGCUAAGAGAGUUGUUUCCAGAUGGAUUUAGUAUUCAUCACGCAGGCAUGCUGCGGCAAGAUAGGAGUUUGGUGGAAAACCUUUUUUCACAGGGACAUAUCAAAGUCCUGGUUUGUACAGCCACAUUAGCCUGGGGUGUCAAUCUCCCUGCUCAUGCUGUUAUCAUUAAGGGAACACAGAUCUAUGAUGCCAAAAGAGGAUCGUUUGUUGACCUUGGAAUCCUGGAUGUCAUGCAGAUCUUUGGCCGAGCUGGUCGACCUCAGUUUGAUAAGUUUGGAGAAGGAACUAUCAUUACCACUCACGAUAAGCUUAGCCACUACCUGACUCUUCUUACACAGCAAAAUCCUAUAGAAAGUCAGUUUCUUCAAAGCCUUGCUGACAAUCUCAAUGCGGAGAUUGCGCUUGGAACAGUUACUAACGUAGAAGAAGCAGUGAAGUGGCUAAGUUACACAUACCUGUAUGUAAGGAUGAGAGCAAAUCCUUUAGUUUAUGGCAUCAGCCACAAGGUUUACCAGAUGGAUCCUGCUUUGGAGAAGCACAGGGAACAGCUUGUAAUUGAAGCGGGACGUAAGUUGGACAAAGCUCGUAUGAUUCGCUUUGAAGAGAGAACUGGAUUCUUUUCCUCAACGGACUUGGGUAGAACUUCAAGUCACUUCUACAUUAAAUACAACACAAUUGAGACAUUUAAUGAAUUAUUUGAUGCCCACAAAACAGAAGGAGACAUAGUGGCUAUUGUGUCAAAAGCUGAGGAAUUUGAGCAAAUAAAGGUGCGUGAUGAGGAAAUUGAAGAACUAGAACACUUAAUUGACAAUUACUGUGAACUCCAUGUGGCUGGUGGAGUAGAAAACAGUUAUGGAAAGAUAAACAUUCUUCUUCAGACUUACAUUGGCAGAGGAGAAAUUGACAAUUUCUCACUCAUCUCUGAUUCUGCGUAUGUUGCUCAGAAUGCUGCUCGAAUAGUUCGUGCUCUGUUUGAGGUUGCCUUAAGAAAAAGAUGGCCUGCAAUGACACAUAGGCUUCUGAACCUUAGCAAAAUCAUUGAUAAGCGACUGUGGGGUUGGGCAAGCCCCCUAAGGCAAUUCUCUAUUCUUCCACCUUCUGUUCUGUCAAAACUAGAGGAGAGGAAAUUAACCAUAGAUAAACUGAAAGACAUGAGAAAAGAUGAAAUUGGUCACAUGCUGCAUCAUGUGAACAUCGGGCUAAAGGUCAAACAAUGCGUCCAUCAAAUUCCAUCCAUUACAAUGGAAGCCACAAUCCAACCAAUUACCCGAACAGUCCUCCGAGUUCGAUUGAACAUCAAUCCUGACUUUAAAUGGAGCGAUCAGGUACAUGGAACUGUUGGGGAGCCUUGGUGGAUUUGGGUUGAGGAUCCAACUAAUGAUCACAUCUAUCAUUCAGAAUAUUUUCUUCUCCAAAAGAAACAGGUUGUCACCAAAGAACCCCAAUUGUUGGUGUUUACAAUUCCAAUCUUUGAGCCCUUACCUUCUCAAUACUAUAUUCGAGCGGUUUCAGACAGAUGGUUAGGAGCUGAAGCAGUCUGCAUCAUUAAUUUUCAACAUUUAAUUUUGCCGGAGAGACAUCCUCCACACACUGAAUUGCUGGACCUUCAGCCUUUGCCGACCACAGCCCUGGGUCAUGGCCAUUAUGAAGCUCUCUACAAAUUUACACACUUUAACCCAGUUCAGACUCAGAUCUUUCACACACUCUAUCACACAGACUCCAAUGUUCUUCUUGGGGCACCCACAGGCUCUGGGAAGACUGUAGCUGCUGAGCUGGCCAUUUUCCGGGUCUUCAAUAAGUAUCCAACAUCCAAGGCUGUAUACAUUGCUCCUCUCAAGGCCUUGGUACGAGAGAGAAUAGAAGACUGGAAAGUAAGAAUUGAAGAAAAACUUGGUAAAAAGGUUGUGGAGCUGACUGGUGAUGUUACCCCUGAUAUGAGAGCCAUUGCUGAAGCUGACUUAAUUGUUACUACCCCAGAGAAGUGGGACGGAGUCAGUAGAAGUUGGCAAAACAGAAGCUACGUUCAGAAAGUUUCCAUCCUCAUUAUUGAUGAAAUCCAUUUGCUUGGGGAUGAGAGAGGACCUGUGCUAGAGGUGAUAGUAUCUCGUACAAACUUCAUUUCAUCACAUACUGAGAAAACUGUGCGGGUAGUUGGUUUGUCAACUGCUCUAGCUAAUGCUCGAGACCUAGCAGAUUGGCUGGGAAUUAGUCAGAUGGGACUGUUUAAUUUCCGUCCUUCGGUUCGGCCAGUUCCUUUGGAAGUUCACAUUCAGGGUUUCCCUGGCCAACAUUACUGCCCACGAAUGGCUAGUAUGAACAAACCUUCAUUUCAAGCCAUUAGAAGCCAUUCACCUGCAAAGCCAGUCCUUAUCUUUGUGUCAUCCAGGCGUCAGACUCGACUAACUGCCUUAGAUCUGAUUGCAUUUUUGGCAACUGAAAAUGACCCUAAGCAGUGGUUAAAUAUGGAUGAAAGAGAGAUGAAUGAUAUUAUUGCAACAUUAAAGGAUUCCAAUCUGAAACUGACUCUUGCAUUUGGCAUUGGAAUGCAUCAUGCAGGCUUGCAUGAACGGGAUCGACGGACAGUGGAAGAGUUGUUUGUCAACUGCAAAAUACAAGUCCUUAUUGCCACUAGCACACUGGCUUGGGGUGUGAAUUUUCCAGCCCAUUUAGUAAUUGUGAAAGGAACUGAAUUCUACGAUGGAAAGACAAAACGAUAUGUGGAUUAUCCCAUUACAGAUGUGCUUCAAAUGAUGGGUCGUGCUGGUAGACCUCAGUUUGAUGACCAGGGAAAAGCUGUGAUCUUAGUCCAUGAUAUAAAAAAAGAUUUUUACAAGAAAUUCCUGUAUGAACCAUUCCCAGUUGAGUCAAGUUUGUUGGAAGUAUUGUCCGACCAUCUAAAUGCAGAGAUUGCAGCCGGAACCAUUACAUCAAAGCAAGACGCAAUGGACUAUAUUACAUGGACAUACUUCUUCCGUCGACUCAUGAUGAACCCAAGUUAUUACAAUUUGGAAGAUAUUGGACAUGAAACAAUGAACAAAUUCCUUUCAAAUCUUGUAGAAAAGUCACUGAUCGAUUUGGAGUGUUCCUACUGCAUAGAGAUAGCAGAGGAUAAUCGAAGUAUUGAGCCACAAACCUAUGGACGUAUUGCUUCCUAUUACUAUUUAAAACACCAGACUGUACGGAUGUUCAAGGACCAUUUAAAAUCGGAUUGCAGUGUAGAAGACCUGCUCUCCGUACUUUGUGAAUCCGAGGAAUAUGCUGAUCUCCCAGUAAGACACAAUGAGGACCAAAUGAACAGUGAGUUGGCAAGAAACCUUCCUAUUGAAGUCAAUCCUCAUUCGAUGGAUAGUGCCCACACCAAGACACAUCUGCUUCUACAAGCCCAUUUUAGUAGGGCUGUGUUACCCUGCCCUGAUUAUGCCACUGACACCAAAACCGUUUUGGAUAAUGCAAUCAGAAUUUGCCAGGCAAUGUUGGAUGUUGCAGCUCACCACGGUUGGCUCGUGACCGCUUUAAAUAUUACUCAUUUGGUGCAAAUGGUGGUUCAGGCUCGAUGGAUGCAUGAUUCUUGCCUGCUAACUGUUCCAAACUUAGAGAAGAACCAUCUUCAUCUAUUUACCAAAUGGAACCAAGGAAAGCGGAAAGCUAUAUCAAGAGAUUUCACUGGCCCCAUUGAGUGUCUCCCGGAACUGAUUGCCGUAUGUGAUGGAAGGGAAGAAAUAUUCACCAACAUUCUAGAACAUGAUCUGCAAGUGACACACAUUUCCCAGGCAUGGAAUUUUGUAUCAAAUCUUCCAGUGAUAGAUGUUAGUCUCAAUAUCAAAGGGUGGUGGGAGAAUGAAAACCAGACGUUGCCUGUUCAUACCGUACCCCCAGGAAAACAAGACAAAAAAUGGAUGAUGCUUCAUGCCGAUCAAGAAUAUGUUCUUCAAGUAAACUUGCAGAGAAUUCGUGCAGGAUACAAAAAGGGCAGACAAGACAGCAAAGCAGUUGCUCCAAAAUUUCCAAAAGCCAAAGAUGAAGGAUGGUUUUUAAUUCUGGGUGAAGUGGACAAGAAAGAACUUAUUGCACUGAAAAGAAUUGGAUAUGUUAGGAAUAGGAAUUCUGUAUCAGUGGCAUUUUACACUCCAGAAAACACGGGAAGGUAUAUUUAUACAUUAUAUCUGAUGAGUGAUAGCUAUCUUGGCAUGGACCAACAAUAUGACCUAUAUCUAAACGUUGUUCCAGCUAGUAUAUCAGCACAAGUCAACUCUGAGGUCACUGGGGCUCUCGGCGAACUAGCUCUGAAGUAACCUGAUCUUACAAUGCUACUGCAAGAACUGUUUUUUUUCUGUAAAAACAGCUGUUAAUUCAUUCUGGACUGCAAGAAACUGCUUCAUGCCUCCCUAGGGAAAUCAACUUUCAACCUCAGUGCACUUAAGAAUUUGGAUGGGUUUGCUGGAUCACCUUGGAAAUUUCAAAACACAAUUUUUUUCAACACAAUGCCAAAUGGGCCUUACAGAUAACUGCCAUUUUACAAAAUGAGUGGACCAUGUAUUUCUGUUCUCUAUUGUAAUUCUGCCUAGUGUAAAAAAAAAAUACUAUUAGCCCCAUUGAUUAGCAAAGUAACGUUCAGUUGAUGGGAUCAAUCGAGGACUUGGCGCCUGCUUCUAUUGUUUCUUUUUCAAUGGAUGAUUAGUGGGAAUUAUUUCCGAUUCCACUUGCACAUAAUAUAAAAAAGGAACAAUAACCUGAAGACAGAAUAUAUGUUCACGCAUCAUUUUUGACGUUAUUGUAGAAAUGACUGUAACUGUCUCAAACAAUGUUUUGUUGUAAGUUAUGUCAACCUGGUAUUUUGUAUUUUCUUAACAGUAAUAUUUCUGGAGAUCGCAGGAAUGUUUAUUCUGCUUAGAAAAUCAAUACCAGUGGCUAGUACUAAUUUAGGUUUCGUAGCCAAUGCAAAGAAUAUAUACACAUAUAUAAAUAUAUAUAUAAUACGGGUACAUACAUACCGACACCCAUGCUCAUUCAUUUUAGGUCUGGCAGAGAAUAAACAAGCUGGGCCUUCCUGCCAAUAGUAACUCAGUUGGUCUGACAAACUUGAUGGGUUACUCCCAAUACUUUUGAACAAAAAUCACAAGCUGCAUGAUUGUAGCACAAUUUUAGUGCAAUUUAAAUGUGAUGCCGUUGAGAUGAAUAGAAAUACAAGGCUCAUCAGGUCUCAUUGAACGCGCUGCAUGCUACGACUUUGGUUGACCGUUCAGUUGGCAUCACUGGUGGUGUUUGCUGUAUUUCAUUUAACUUGCUCAGUUAAUGGCUAGUUUAAAUUAGGUCUAAAAUUGCCAGUUUGGGUACAAUAUAGCUGGUAGAGACUUAGAUAAGCCGUACUUUCUCUUCAUUUAUUUCUAGUUGUGUUUUUUUCACUUUCUGUUCUACCCGUCUCCAGCUUGGCAGUGUGUCCUCACCAACCAUAAAUAGGUUAUUCCCAAAGCUAGAUUUGUACUGUUUAAAUACCUGAAAAGCUUCAGAAAAAGUUACACUCAAAUAAAAACGAAGACCAGUUAAAACUGUCUUAUAGUAUCACUAUUUACAUCAUACUGAGAGUUGAUUCCAUAGUGGACUAAUCAUCUUAAGACACACACACACAGGGCCUUUAGUCUAUGGAGGGACCAUUGUGAAUUCUUUUCCUCCCUCUUAUGAGUUUCUAAAGUACCCGGACUGUAUGUAAUAGUUGUAAGUGUUCUAGUAUUUCUGGAAACAAAAUAAUAUCAUUGAUAAUGAUCAUUAUUGCAUCCCAUUUGGCUGGUAUGUUUCUUCCAACAUUCUUUUCUUAAUCCCUAUAAAAAACCCAUGAAAAUGGAUUUAUAUAUAUUCUGUUUUCUUAUGGUCAUUUAUAUUCAUCUGACUUUGCCUUAAUUAUUUUUAGUAUUUUUUUUUUUUUUUUAAAUGUUCUUAGAUCUUGAAUUGGAAAGGAUACUGCACUUUUCUGAAAGUCAUGACAUCAGAGUAUGUUUGGUAUCCACAGCCAGUCUGAAACCAUCAGAUGUCAUACCCUGGGCCUCAGAGGGACACCCCUAUUGAUGCCAUUGGUAAAACUGUCAGAUUGUUUCUCUAUGGAAAGGAUGUAGAUUCUGUUUUGCUUUUGUAGAAGUAGAAAUGUCCACCAGACGUCCUCUGUGUAGCAACUAGGCUUUUAUGAUGUUUUAUCGGCUUUCUUCUCAGUCUGGUGUUGCUAGGAUUUCUGCGUUGCCUUCAGACUCUAUGGGGGUUGUUUAUCAAAUGUCGAGUUUUAGAGGUUUGUGAGGUUUUUUUAUACCUCAAAUUAAUUAACAACUCUAAUAUUUUCUGAUUUAAGAAAAAACUGGAAUGGAUAAAACUCGAAUCAGUGAAUUCAUUGAAACUUGAAUCGCUCGAUUUAAUCGAGUUUUCAAACGAAAACCCAUCGAUAAAAACAAACAUCAUAAAGGCUAUUAACAUCUUCAAAAGGUUCACGGGACCUCUGCCAUUGGCUUCUAGAUGACCUCCACAGGUUUUACUUGGAGUAUUUUCAUAUUCAAGAAAUUUCCAGGUUCGGGGUGUAAUAAAUCUUUAAAAUUUUAGGACUGAAAAAUAUGCUCAAAAAACUCAAAUUUUUCAGGUAAAAAUCGACUUUUGAUAAAUAACCCUCCAAAUGUCUGUCUUCAGCCCUUGAAAUUGCAUUUAUUGCCUUUAGGGUUACCUUAUGCGGCACAUGUCAAUACUGACAUCAUUGAUUACGAAGGUUUUCUAACAUUCACCUAUUCCUUCUCAUUCGUGUAACCCAGGGUGUUGCUCAUUUUAAAACCUGCAACAUCUUAAUAGCAAGUAAUUGGGUAUGCCCUUUAAUUUGUCCCUCAAAUACAGUUUGUACAACCCAGCAACGUCACAUUGAUUUCUGAUGGUUCAAGUUAAACCUUUAGCUUGAGGAGCGUCCUAGGCUGUAAAAUCUCUCCAUAAGACAUAUAUAUCAGAAUAGUUUAUUGGCUUUCUGGAAUCUUUCUUCAAAUAAUUACAACUGAACCAAAAAAUUCUAUACAGUUGCCAUGUAUUAUUCUCUGUGGGCCAGUUCAUAUGAGAGAUAUUUUAUUGGAGCUGCUGGUGGUUGCUACUCUGUAGCCAUGCUAAAGCCAGUGAUGAAAGCUGCUAGAAGCUUUGCAAAGCAAAGUCUCAUCACAACUGAAUUUCUCAUUAGACAAGGUUUUUGUGUAUCAGAUUAGAAAUGAACGUGUUAAUUAAUAUUAAUGUAUGGUUGAAAACACAACUUUGCCUUUGUUGUUCUGGAUACAAAUAAAUGGAAUGAAUCAUCAAA